AAAUUCCGACGCUAGGUGCCAAAACCAAAGUGUUGCAAAUUCACUCUUCGAUGCGCUCAAUAUCAAAAAAGAUUUGAGUAAACAAAACAAUAUAAAAUUUUAUUUUAGGUUUGUAAAUAUAUUUUUUAUUUUAUUACUUCUUUUAUUGUUUUACACAGCUUUUGAUAAAAUUAGCAAAAUCAGUGAAUCGGCUAGCUUCCAUAAUCAAACGACGACAGUGGUUUUUGUGAACAAUACACCCACAGUGCAGAUUAGCUCAACGUCUACAGAGGCGACAUAUGUUUCUCGAAAAACAAGUUUUGAAGGAGUUCCAACCACAGAACAAGAAAUUAAGAGUGAUAACGGUAACACCACUACAACCAGUACUGACAUUAUCAUCCUCACAACUGAUUCAACCGUUGCAUCUUUGAUUUUUCAUACAACCUCUUUCAUUAAUGAAGAUACUUCAGAACUAACAACAGGAAACUUUACAAACUUGAUUACCGAACACCGACCACCAUUAUCUCACUCAACAACGCUACAUACUUCAGCGGUUGAACCAGCGAUUGAAAGCACAACAGUUUUAUUAUCUACCGAAUUUUUCACAGAUCAAACUUCAAUUGAGCCUCAAAAUACAAAAACUCCCACACCUCCUAUUUUUUCAACCUUAACUCAAAGUACAGAUACAAUUUUAGAGACAGAAAUUACUUCAACUCAACCUACAAUACUUGAUAACUCAACUACCUCAGUUAUGAGUGAGAAGACAACUAUCAAAUACAAGACAGAGCCCCAUUACAAUGAAAGUAUUUUAAUUGUAUCAAAAAUUUACAGAGGCCUUACAUUAGGAAUAAUCCCUAUACAAUAUUAUUCAAUUGGACCAUAUGGAAAAAUAAAUAAAGUUGUAAUAGAGAUCCACAAUCACUGUGAAUACAUUUCAACGUGUGAAAAGGACAUUAAAAAUAUUUAUCGCUAUCCUAAUAUCGGAUACAGUUUUUUACUUUUAGAAAGUGUUGUAUAUGUAGCUCAAGGAUGGGUUGCUCCUAUUCAAUCCUAUAAAGAUGUGGGUACUAAGACUUUCACCAUUCUUAUUAUGUUGAGAAAGAAAUCAGAAAUUUCGGAGAAACAGAUGUAUUUGUAUCUUUUAUUGAUUAAUGCCUCGAGCCGAUGCGGUUAUCUUGAAACCAACUUUACAGUGACUUUUGAGAACAGCGGCAAGAACUAUGUAAACUAUCUUGGCUACGAUAAGUUUGUAGAUAUUGUCAAAAACUCUGCAGAAAAUAAAUUCUAUGUAGACGAUAAGGAUUCAUUUUUGAUGGAUAGUCAGAAACUAUCGAAGAAAAUUAGAAAGCCUUGCUUUGGUUUCUCGGAAAGUUGUAACAACACUUGUGAUAACCAGGACUGCUUGAAAACAGUUUGUGAUGAUUUUGAGUUUUGUAUUGUUCAGUGUUUGUGAGACUUAUCGAACACUUCCAAGUUAAAUUAUCUGUUUGCAUCAUAAAAAAAAUAAAUAUGUGCAGUUUAUGGCAUUGGCUGAUUUUAGUUUUUCUCCUGGAUUUGAGCUGUUCCGCAUACAACCCAUUCUUUGCCCUGCAGAAAUGGCCUCUAGAAGUGCCGCAUUGGUUUCACCGAGUAUUUUCUACUCCCGAUACGCCACACUUCUACUCACCCUCAUUACAAUCUCCCAUCAACAUAAGGAGCAGUCAUGCAGCGGUGCUGCGACUUCCUCCACUUAUUUUCAAAGACUUAUUUAGAGAUGAAGUUGAACUACAAUGCCAAAACACUGGCACAACUGUUGAGUUUGAACUACCAGAACAUACUUCAUGGAGACCCAAAUUACUUGGAGGACCUCUGUUUAAUGAAGGUGUGUUUGAGUUUGACAACCUUCAUAUUCAUUGGGGUGCUCGGGACUUCAUUGGCGGAGAACAUAAAAUAAACAGCAGAAGAUAUGCAGUUGAAGGGCACUGUGUACAUUUUAAUUCAAAAUAUGGAAACAAAUCGGAAGCAAUGAAGCAUCCAGAUGGACUAGCAGUGGUUGCUUUCUUUGGGAAGGCAGGGAACACAGACAAUCCCCUAGUGGAGAAGUUGGUCAGGAAACUUCCCUACAUCAGGCUACCGGGCUCGUCAAUCACAGUGAACGCUCACGAGGCACUCGAGUGGCUCGAAGAACUCGGGGAACCUCGGAACUACUUUGCGUAUCCCGGAUCUCUCACCACUCCACCCUACACAGAGAAUGUUAUGUGGAUCGUCUAUCCUCGACCUGUCAGCUUGUCUUCCCGACAGGUGGAAGCUUUCCGUAACAUACUAUCCAACAACUACCAGUUGCUCAGGAAAAAUAUAAGACCAGUACAGUCUUUCAACAGCCGACCUCUAAUUUAUGCAGUUUAA